ACAGCUCCGCCGCGCAUGCGCAGGGCGUCUCCACUGGCUCGCUCGGUGCUGAAGUUGGGCGGAUGGACGGAAAACACCGCUGAUGGAGAUAAAACGGCAGCAUGCAAUCUCAACGCGUGAUACCCCCGAUAUCCGCAUAAACUCGUGUAACGACACCCUUUUAGAAGACUGACAUCUAGAACAAAAGGGAUGUCUUAUCCUGGAUCAUUUAGCCCUUGACUCAAGGAAAGGGUGUGCCUGCAAAUACCAGGUGUUUGAAACCUACCUCCACCCACCUCCUGUGUUCUCCAUCAGGCAUGAUAAGAGAAGAUACAAGAGGCCACAAUUUGUUUUCCAGCACUCUGCCCGUCUCAACGUUUGACAUUACCGUCAUGAUUUUCUUACCUGAUCUUCGGAUGGAUCGCUGCUAAUUUGCAUGCCUCAGAGUGUGAGUGGAGUUGAAAUGAGGAAAAGGCAGCAGGGACGUAUUGAAGGACCCCCACAGGCGCCUGGUCACCCGAGGCCCAACACCUGCUGUCUGUGCUGGUGUGGAUGCUGCAAAUGCCUCUGGAAUGAAGACAGAAGGGAACGUUCAGAGAGGCAAACAUGUACAAAGAUGGAUAGCAUAGAAGCAACAGAGGAACAGCGUCCCACACUGGAUGAGGUGAUUGCCUGGUCACGGAGCUUUGAGAUGAUGAUGCGCUCUCCAGAGGGAAGGGAUGUUUUCCGGGAGUUCUUGCGGUCUGAGUACAGUGAAGAAAACCUGAUGUUCUGGAUCUCCUGUGAGGAACUGAAGAAAGAAACUAACCCAUCAGCUAUCGAAGAAAAAGCCAGGAUCAUUUAUGAAGACUACGUCUCCAUUCUUUCGCCAAAAGAGGUCAGCUUGGAUUCACGGGUGAGGGAAGGCAUCAACCAAAGCCUGGCGGAACCCAGCAGUACGAUGUAUGAGGAGGCCCAGCUACAGAUCUACACCCUCAUGCACAGAGACUCCUUCCCCCGAUUUCUCAACUCAUCUGUUUACAGGGAUCUCCUUAACAGCAAGAGGGCCUGCUUAGACACCUAGGUUUCAGAAAGAACAUUUGAGACAAAAAAGCCCCAAGGUGCCACUUUCAAAAGGUGUGAUGUUUCUUAUUUCAAGAGUGAGUAGUUAAGCAAUUCUGAGCAUCCACUAGUGACCCUGAAGUUGAGUUCUGUUUAAGUGCCAAUACGAGCUGCUCAGGCAACUGUGACACAGAAAAACAUGUAGGAAAACAGACAGAUCCAUACUUCCUACUCUCAACUUACUUGUCUUUUUCAUUCACCUGUUUUGUCUCUUUUAAAUCUUCUCUCUCUUCCUGUUUACUCUCUCUCUCUCUCUCUCUCUUUCUCUCAUGUUCUUUCUACCUGAUCCUUUCCAUCUUUUAUGCCUCACAUGUCUGAGGACAGCUGAAUAAUGUUAUUUUUUUUAAAGAAAAUCAAAAACAAACGGAUAAGCGGUAGAUGUUAAGCUAGAAAACCUUUGCAUGAUACAAGGUUAUGGAAUUUACUCCAGUUUGACAUUUAAGCCCCGGACUACAAUGUUUUUUGAAUUGAAAAAAAAAAGUUUUUUAUGCUGUCAUGGGGAGAGAACAUUGUAAAGCUUCUCGUAAGCGAAGGGAAAAUUAGCUGUGCCAAUUGUUUUGUAAAAAAGAAGCUGGGAAGCGUAAUCGCCGUCUUGCCGUCCAAACUCUUUCUUUGCGUGUCGACAGUUCUUUAACUGGGAAACAUAAGGGCUAGCUAGUGUUGUGAUUGGGCAGCUAAAUGAAUCAUGAAGAUUUCUUUCUCUCUGCAAAAAUCACAAUGCCUCGACACUGAGUAAGGGCACAAAAAAGCUGCUGAUGCUGGUGACGACACCGUUUUUUUUUUGUGUGUGAGUCCUCCUAGCCCCUCCCAGUCCGUUACUUACAGAGAGAAGCACAGGUACUGUAUGUCAUGGGCUGUAAGCUUCGCUGGAUUGACUGAGAAUUGCUUGAAAAUCACUCACCAACGUUCUGGAGGUUCUUAAAAGAGCUUCGAAUUGUCUUACACAUUAAAGAAAUGUAUUUUAUUAAACAAAAGUAUAGUGAACACUAUGCCUUGUUUUUGAGAGUUACACUAGGUCUAUUUAAAAUAACUGUGCUCGCCGAGACCCGCUCGAUGAGGUGGUGCGACGGAGUCGGAUCCAUCAGGGAAACUGUUCUCCAAACGUUCGUUUUGCGACUUGAAACGUGGAGCGGUCUCGGUCAUUUUCACAGCUCGGAAAACUGCAGGUUAUCGAAAAAUGAAAACAAGUCAGUCUUUUUAUAAUACUUUUUUCCAGCAUGCGUUCCUUCUGUUGUGUCAUGUACACAUUGCAAUACUCAACCCAGAUAUGAUGUGAACCUCUGUGGGAAGCAUCGAGUUGAAGACGAUACUAUAAAGAUGAUUUUUUUUUUUUUUUUAGAGGUUUAGACGUGUGUCCCUCAAGAAUGACAGCUUUUCAGCUCUGUGUUGUUGGAUUCAAACUUGAAUGUUGCUGUUCAAUUUUCUAGACCUUUAUGUGCUAUUGCAAUCGCAGCAGCCAGUGCAUGAGAACACGAUAUUUAAAAUACUGGUGUGUUAAACCACUCUCUCACCUUUUAGCGGAGUAAUUCAAGAGUGAAUUGCAUUUAAACCGACGUUUUUUUGGUCACCAUACCCAACCUCAAAGUGUCACUUUCCCUGAACUCUUGUGCCAAUGAAUGAACGAACGUUUGUUAAGUGAUCAAGUGUGUUGUUGUUGGGUUUUCUUAUUGGUGCUCUGAGAGUUAAGUGCCAUUCACUCUGCAGGUUUACCACAUUAAAAUGAAGACCUUUGUCACUUUACCGAGUGCAUAGAUAUCCUUCUUUGAAGUAUUCGUGUGUUUGAGCAUCAGCCAAUGUGAGCAGGUCCUUCAUUUAUGUUGUUUUACGAACCAAAUAGGUGUUACCUAAUAGUUUACUUACUGAAGCAGCGAACCAUCAUGGGAAGCUUGGCUUUCCCUCAUUUCUAAAAUAAAAAUGAUUGAAUUUUCUUGUUUGUUUUAAAAGGAAAAAAAAAAAAAUCAUGUCAUUAAAGAAAUGAGCAAUAAAUCAAAAUUGUCUUGCUCUAAAAAAAAAAGAAAAAAGAAAAGAAAGAAAGACCCUGCACGACACAUGGACAUUUACUGAACUAUUUUUUAGGGGGGAGAAAUCAGAGGUUGACAUAUUGAGUCACACUAAAGUGUUACGAUAGGUGUCAAUGAAAAGUAAUGCGUUUGUAUGACUAUUUCAAUCCGUACAUGUCAGUAAUCUGGGAAGUCCAACGUCAUAGAGGUCACUGAAACUACUGAACAGGGAACAGAGUGAAUAUAUGAUUAUUUAGGAUUUUUAUGGGUCACUUUAAAGCUGAUUUUUAAAAUAAAUGUUUUCACAAUCAUGAUUUAAAUUGAGAAAUUUUAAUCAUACCUCUGAAGCGUAUCACUCAAAGGUAACCUACAGUAUAUGUUCUUUCUCAAUAAUGACAAAAAAUGGAAGCAAAUAACGCAAGGAAAUUAGUAUUGUGUACUAUAUUUUGCUACAGGCGGAAUCCUUAAUUAAAAUAAUUUUUUUUAAAUGCUUCAACAUCUAUUAAUCAACUGAAAGUUUCCCAGACAUCAUCCUGUAAAUUAGAAUAAAUUUGACAUUUUCACUCAUUACAAGAACAUGAAAUGUCCCUAAUUUUGAGAGUACUUAUCUGUUUCAUUUCAAUGCCUCAACUUCAUUUUUGCUGCUAAUGUUUUAUCAGAUUUAGAGAGUUUAGGAGUUUUUCUCUUGACGGCUGUCACAGUGAUGGCUAACAGCUGUUGAUAAUGAUUUUAUCAGCGUGGUAUGACUUGGAAAAAUAAUCUUUCUUGCCAAAAGGCUCCUUUUCUAAGCAAAUGAAGUGGAGCCUGUGCUAUGUUAUUAUAGGAGCGCCGUCCGCACGGACCGUCUCUCGUUUUCAUCGGUUUUCCACUACCUCUCGUUAUGCUUAGUUUUUCCUCAUCUAUUUGUUAAUGUUAAAUGUUUAUUUUGAUCUACUUGAAGCCUAAUACUGUAACUGAGAUGUAUGCUGGUAUACCGAGGGUUUACGAAGAAGAGUAGCAUUUUUUUUUUUUUCGUUUGUUGAAUUCUUUUCAACAUAAUUAUGAUUACACUCACAAAGAAUUCAGGAAACGUAUUUAAGGGCUAAUCCCAUAUUGCCUAUGCAAAUAUCUCAAUUGUCAUAUUGGAAUAAUUAGUGACUAAGGAAUGUUUUCCUGAACUUGGGUGGAACACUGGUUUACAUUUGCCCUUUUCUGAUAUUCCUUAGUCUCUUCGCUCACUUAAUAUAUAAAUAUAUAAAAUCCUUCUUGAUGAAAAAGCUACUCAUUUUAAGACUGAAAUAAAUCUGUGUUGUGUCUACUGUGGGUUGACGGUUCACUAUUGAUGUAAACUGCACACUGAAUGUAAGGUACUGUGCAUGCUAAAGUUUAUUUGUUCAAGUGAUGGAAAACUCUGGCCUCUGGAGCCACACAGGGCAGGAGGGAAGUAAUUGAAUUAUUUGUAGAUGAAGCAAGUGUCUAUUCUUGUUUUUAAGGGUGCUUCAGUCUUUUCUGCAAAGGUUGAAGGGCUACUUUGGGCACUUUAAACAAGCUUUUCAAGAACAAGAAUAUCUACCUCUUGGUUCUGUUCUCUCCAUAUGCUUAAUAUAGAAGACCGGGCCUUGAAAAACAACGUAGCUUGCACACAUUUUGAUUGUUUUGACUCUGAUUAGAGCCACUGGUGAACUGGCAGGCACUGAAUUUUAGCUCAAACCCAUCGAUUGAACUUCUCAUCCUUUAGUUCUGUUGCUUUUCUUUCUGUUUAAACAAAAGAUGGACACUUUGUGCCCAAGCAAAGAUUUAUUCAUUUAUUCCUGUUACCUGCAUGUGCUUGCAUUAUGUGAUAAACAGAUUGCUGUAAUUAUAGAAAGAAAAAAAAAAAAAGUGUUAACAGCACUUAGUAACACUUGAUCGGUAGCAUAACAGCAUUACCGGUGAGCUGCGCUGCACACCCUUCACGAUUCUUCAUUUGCUCUUUACAUUCAUAAGACAUUAAUGCCAUUGAUUUGAAGGGUCAUGCAGGGUAAUGUGAAUUUAAAUGACCUUGCGGUGACCCUCAAUAUAUUGUAUGAAUAUUGCAACAAGGAGGAAGGCUUCAUGUAUAUCAGCUUUUUUCUUUCAUUAAUCAUUUUUUGACAUCACAUGGAAUUGGAAAGAGGUCAGGUAACAUUUUUAUUAAACAUUUGAUGCCUGACUUGAAAAUCAUAGUUCAUCUAUUAUUGUGUUUCUAUAGCCUCAUCAUCAGUUGUGUCAGUAUGUCAUUAUACCAGUUCACAAUUACAUUCCAAUUGUUUUCAUGAUAAAAACAGCCUGACUACGAUUGACGUCGCAUUGCUGCAAAUUUCGUCACUUUACAUAUUUAAACAAAACAUGGUAUUAUUGGUUAUUGCUCCCAAUAUCACAAACAACCUGCCAGUUACAGUUGUCAGAUAUUUAAAUAUAUAAAGAUACCAUGCAAUUUCAAAAUCGUUAGAAGGGGUAGAGAAGCCCUGUGUGUGCGUUUAUGCUAUGAAGAAAAUGAAGAAUUAUUAACCGAUUAAGGCAUCUUUGACAGGCUUUGGAGGGAAACUGACUCACGUCUCACAGUUUAUCACAGUCACCCUGAAGUGCCUUGAAUGUUUAGGCCAUGAUCUAUGAUUUAGUUAAUAUCCGCAGGGAAGAUGUUUGUCUUUUAAAGCCUGUUCUCUUCUCUAGGAUCGAAUGCAUGAUGCACGCUGUAAGCAAAAGACAUUUGCACAUGCGGAAAACUAUUAAAGCCAAGAUUUGGAAAUAAGUGUGAACUGAGUAUUUGAUCAUUUUCAGCCUUUCAGCUUCUGUCAUUGUCCUCUGCACAAAAAACAAACAAAAGACCAAUCAUUUUUUAUUUAACCUCCAUCAUCAUCAUCAUCAUCAUCAAGUGUUUGGUGCUUAUUAUACAUCACAUAAUGAAAUCUCAAACCUCUCGACUCAUUGUCCCAGUAUUUUUUUCUUCUUCUCAGAUCAGACACAGAUCAGACCUUCACUGAAGGCUUUCUUUAGAGCUGUGCCCUGAUACGAGACCUCAUAAAUACUGUCACCCAUUUAAUAUAAAGUGUUUUAAAAUGAUCUAAUAUUUAAUCAUAAUUCUGUUGUUUUUAAUACCAGAGGACAAACUAUAAUGCCUUUGUAAAUUAUAACUGAUAGAAGAAGAAGAAAAAAGAAUAUUUUAUAUUUGGCAUGCUUUUGCUAUUCUCAAAAUAGUUUAGUUAACACAAUACUGUACAAGUAUAUAUCGAAGUACUGCAAUCUGCAGACAGUAACACUGAAUCUCCUGGAAGAGUUUUAGAAAUGGACAUAUAUUGGAAAUAUUAGCAGUUUCUUUAUAAUUGAUCGCAUUUAAAUACAGUAUUCUGUGCUCAAAACUUGGUGGAAUGACUGAAAUUUGACUUAUAGUAAUGAAAUUAGUUUAUUGUAAAGUGAUGCAGUUCAGUUCAAGAACGGCAGUACUUGUUUAUUAAGAAUUGAGCCCAAGCGAAUGGGCAUCUUUCAGAUCACAUGUACUCCUGCAUGAACACUAUUAAAAGAGAGAACAAAUGUAUUUGUAGACAUCAAAUAAAGUGACUUACAAUA